AUGAAAAGAAUUAAUUCAUUGAUAAGUGAUAAAAAGAUGGUUCCAUUUGGUGGUGAUGCAUACGAAUAUAUCAAACUCACUAAAACUAAAACCCCUGAAAAAGGUGAAAAGAAAACAACUGCUCUAGAGAGUAAUCAAAUCAAUACUAUCUCAAUUGGUAGUGAAGAAGAAGUCAAACCUAAAUUAACAAGAAGUAAAGAAAAAAAAAUGAAAGAAGAAAAAGAGUUAAAAAAAUAUAAAGAACAAACAAGUUCAAAUAAACUUCAAAUUCGACAAGUAAUUACUAAAUAUAUUCCUGGAUCAAGAAUGGUUCAUUUAAGUAAAACCUUCAAAUAUUUUGUUCCAUCUACAGAGUUAUUCUUUGAAAAUUAUCCAAUUGAUAAAAACAUGUAUUUGGUUCGUUGGGAUAAUUACUCAUUAUUAGAAGCAACAUGGAUCUUAGAGUCAGAAGUUAAUGAAAAAAUUGAUAAAAAUGGAUUGGUCAAAAGGUUUGAAGAGUGUUGGACUUUAGACAAAUCAUGUGUCUACAAUGAUUGUUUAUAUCCACGCCAACAACUUCAUUUAUAUCCUUUUUUAGAAAAAAUUGUUCCAGCUAAGUUAUUAGUUCCAACAAAAAUUUUAAUGGAAUUACCACACACAGAAAAUGCUGGAGAAAAGACAACUAUGUAUCGUGUAAAAUGGCCAGGGACAUUUGAGUUAUUUAUUAGUGAGGAACCAGAUACUUUUUUUACAAAUGAAAGAACAAAACAAUUAUUAGAUCGAUGGAAAUUUAAACCAAAAGAAUUUCCCCUUCAAUUGACACCAUCACAAUCAGACUGUUUAUUGGCAAUAAAAAGAAAUGUUUCACAACGUUAUGAGACAUUGAUAUAUGGAGGAUAUGGUAAAAGAACAACUGUUUUAUGUUAUUUAUUGUUUAGAUUAAGAACAUUAAAUUAUCCUAAACCACAACUAAUUGUGUGUGAUGAAACUUCUUUACCUUAUUAUUAUAACCAAUUACCAUUUCUUUUUCCUGGAGUUCCAAUUACUUAUAUCGUUAAUCCUUCUAACGAUUCUCAAAUAGAAACUCUUUUUAAUUUAGAAUUAUAUGAUGAUGAUGAAAAUGUAAAACCACAACUUGUUCUAUUCUGUUGUAAAACUUUUUCAUUUAAAAGAUUUGUAAAAUUUGAUUGUGUAUUGGUCGAUGUUCAAAAAGAAGAAAAUAUCAAUACAAAAUUAAUUCGAACAGGAAUUUGUGAUCAUUUAAUUGCUGUUGUACGUGAGGGUUGUGAUAUGAAACAACUUAUUACAUUCUUAAAAGGAAGGUCUAAUAGAAAAUUAAUCGAGGUUGAAAUGAAAAAAGAAAAUAAACCCCAGCUGAGUAGAUUGUUUUUAAUGUUAAAACAACAUACAAAACAAUCAUCAAUUUAUCAACAAACAGUCUCUGAUUUAAAGAGAACAAAAAGUGUAAAUGCUUUAAAUGAAGAUCUAAGUAGAGUAAUGCUCUUUCCUAAUAUCAGUACUUUUGGAAUUCAAAUAAAAGGAAUUAAGAUGACAACUGCAGAAAAAAUUGUUCGUGGAUUAGUUGAAUUAAAUAAAAAAGUUGUUGUAGUUUCAACAAUUCCACAAAUGAAUGAGGCACUAUCACAAACUUUUAAAUGUAAGGUUAUCAGAUGGGAUAACUUAAUUUCUACUAAUAAAGAUAUAAGUUUAGCAUUCAAAGAAACAUUAACAAAAGACGAAAAUAAAUUAGCAAGAAAUGUUGUUUGUUUAGACCCAAAUUCAUAUGAGGAGGGUGUUGAACUUUCAAUUGCAGAUUAUCUUUUAAUGCUUGAUGAUGACUAUACUAUAUCUAAAAUUGAUGAACUAUGUCAAACACGAAGAAUAGGAACAGUAAAAGACUUAAAAGUUAUUUACAUUGUAAUAGAAAAUAGUUAUGAUGAAACAAAGGCACUUUCUGUAAUAACUAAUAAAAACACAACCCCACCAAGUAGAAGUAAUGGACUAUCUCAAUCUCUUAAUAACAUAACAAAAUUCUCUGAAUAUGGAAAAUGUUUAGAAGAAAUAAUACAAGCUAAAGAAGGGAUUACUGUUCUGAGAUUUAGGACUGAAGAAGAAAUUAAUACUUUUAAUAAAACAAAAGAAGAAGAACCUCAGAAAAAACAAAAAGAAGAAACAAAGAAGAAAACAGAACCUGACAAUGAAAUUAAAAAAAGGAGUCAAUCAUCUGUUGAAAAGAGGCCAUUGAAAAUCCUUAUGACUAAAGAAGGUAUAAAAAAUAUUGGAAAUGAUUAUUUAGAAGUUGUUGAUGAACACAAUAAUGAAAAUAGUAUUAAUAGUAAUGAUCAAAGUCCUAGUGAAUCAGGUGAAGAAGAAUCGGUUGAAAUUAUUGAAACAACAAAAGUUAAAUCUACUCAUAAAGAAGAAGAGGAUAAAAGAAAAAGAAGUAAAAUUGAUGAACAUACCAAACCAGAUGAGUAUCAACCUAUUGAAGAAAGUGGUGAAGAAAGUAUAUGUAAAGUUAUUAAUAAAGAAACUCAAAAAGUCUUAGAAAAACUUGAAGGUAUUAUUUCAAAUGAACAAGUUAGUAGUGAAGAGUGUCAAAAAGUAAGCCAAUUGAUUAUAUCGUUACUUAAAAGAUUUGGCAAACAUUAUGAAGAUUGGCCAAAAGGAGUAUUUCAAAUAUUUAGCACAAAAACACAACGACUUUUAUCAUCAGUUAUGAACGAUUUGAACAAAAUAAAAAUGAGCGAGGAAAUUGAAGACAGCCAUGAAAAUUAUCAAAAAGUAAAACAAGCUAUUGAAUCGAUUAAAAAAGUAGAAUUAAGUCUAGGUAAUGUUCAGCCUUGUGAAUGGGGAAUUCCCUGUGACUUGUUGUUAUUAAAAGAAGUAAAAAAAUAUGGGUUAGAAUCCCCAAAGUUAUGGCUUCAGAAUGAUAUAUUAAAUUUCAUGAUACAUAAACUUGGAAUAUUAGAUAAACAACAACAAAUUAACUUCGUUCUUGAACGAGCUAAAAUACUAAUUAAUUCAUUAAAAACUCAGUCAUCAAAUGAAUCGAAAGAAGUUGAUGAAUACCAUAGCAAAAGAGGAGUAUCUGAAAUGAUGUUAAGUGAAAUAUCUGAAAUUAAACCAAUCUUAGCACCAAUAAAAAAUAAAUGUAAUAAUUAUUCAGUACAUGACAGCGAUAAUAAAAUUACUCAAAAUGAUAGUUCAGAAACAUCAAAAAAACCAAAAAAAACAUUAACACAAAGUAAUAGUGAAAAUAGUUCAGAGUUAUUAGAACAACCAUCAUAUCUCUUAAAAAAGAAAUUAAGCAAAAUAGAAGAGGAUAAAUAA